AUGAAGAGUGAAAGCAAGUUUUUUGAAGAACAUCCUAGUUACGCACUUGUUGAACAUGAAAGAUUGUCUAUGAUGACAACUGAAGAAGCCACGACUGGUAAAUUGUCAUUUGACGUUGUGAUUGUUGGAAGUGGUGCUGGAGGAGGAGUUGCUGCUGCUGAAUUAGCCACUGCUGAAUUAGCCACUGCUGAAUUAGCCACUGCUGGAUAUUCAGUAUCGGUGAUCGAGAAAGGAACAUAUCAUCAUCAAAGUGAGCUAGCCCAAGGUGAAUUUAGGGGAUUCCAAAAUAUGUAUGAUACAGGAGCCAUUUAUUCCUCUGUUAAGAACAAUAUUGAUUCAUUCUCAGGUGGCACUUUUGGUGAUAGAACUGCAAUCAAUUACUCUGUUAGUUUGAAGCUUCAUUUGAACACAGAAGGCAAAGCACAUUAUUGCAUUCGAUGUUCUUUUGGCUUCAAAUCAAGUGUCAAAAACAGUAUUCUCAAUAUUUGGCUCAAAGAUGCUCAUCAUCAUGGUGCUCGUUUCUUGUACAGAAUAAUAGUUACCAUUUUCAUGAUUGAAAACAAGAAAGCCAUUGGUGUAGAGUGUCAGGCCCAUGGCUCUCAAGAAAAGACAUUCAUUUCUGCCAAGCAUGUGGUUGCUGCUUGUCGUGCAAUGCGUACUCCCACCUUGCUCAAGUCGAGUGGACUCUUGAACUCAGAUAUUGGCAGACACCUUCGCUUACAAGGAAAUUUGGGUAGCUGUAUUUCUCAUUUACCUGAAAACUGGAAAGGCGAUUACUAUGGUGCCAAAAUUGAAGACUGUACCAUGCUUCCAGGAGCCCUUUCACUUCGAGUGCCAUGGUAUGGGUCUGCUCAACACAAGGAACUGAUGCUGAAACAUAAAUCGUCCAUGCUUACCAUUAUCAUAAUUAGAGAUAAAGAUUCUGUUGGUAAAAUCAUUCAUGAUUCCAAGAGUGACAUACCUCUGUUUGACUAUAAGCUUGGAAAGCAUGACGCAAAGUCCCUUUUGGUGGGUAUUGAGGCUAACAUGAAGAUGUUUGUUGCUGCUGGUGCACAUGAGCUCUAUAGCCUUCAACCAGAUGUAGAGCCUUUUAUCUUUGAAGAAGACGAGUCAAGCUCAGUCACUAACCCACGGUUUAUCGAGUGGCUCAAGUCAAUCCAUAAGGCUGGUAUUAAGCCUAUUUCAGUACCCAUUGCUGCAGGCCAUCAUAUGAGCUCUUGCCGAAUGGGGGUCAACCCCAAGACAUCUGCAACAAAGUCUACAGGCGAAACCUGGGAAGUAAAGCAUUUAUAUGUCGCUGAUAGUUCUUUGCUCCCAACCGCUCUUUGUGUUAACCCUAUGGUUGCUAUUGAAGCCACCUCAUUGCAUGUUUCCCGCCAAAUCAAACACUCCCUUCAAAAUACCAGCCGUUUGUAG